AUGGGCCCCAUCCUCUCAACUCAAGCUGAACUCAGUGACAGGAUGAACAAUGUUACAGAAUUCUUCCUGCUGGGUCUGACUCAGAAUCCAGAACUUCAGAAACUUUUAUUUCCCGUGUGUUUAAUCACCUAUUUGGUCACGCUGGCAGGUAACCUGUUCAUCUCGGUCACUAUCUUCCUCAGCCCAGCCUUAGGUUCUCCCAUGUACUUUUUUCUGUCCUGUUUGUCCAUUAUAGAUGGCUUCUACUCUUCCUCCAUAGCUCCAAAAAUGAUCUUUGACUUAAUCGCGGAGAAAAACACCAUAUCCUUCAGUGGCUGCAUGACUCAACUCUUUGCUGAGCAUUUUUUGGCUGCAGCUGAGAUCAUCUUGUUAAUGGCAAUGGCCUAUGACCGAUAUGUGGCCAUCUGUAAGCCCUUACACUACACAACCAUCAUGAGUAGACCUCUGUGUCAUUUCCUGGUGGGAAUGGCUGGGGCUUUAGGAUUUAUUCAUGGUGGGAUCCAGCUUUGGUUCAUGGUCCAGUUACCAUUUUGUGGUCCCAAUAUCAUUAACCAUUUCAUGUGUGAUUUAAUACCACUCCUGGAGCUGGCCUGCACGGACACUCACACUUCGGGGCCCCUGAUUGCUGCUAAUAGUGGGUCGCUAUGUUUACUCACUUUUUCAAUGCUGGUUGCUUCCUAUGUCAUCAUCCUGCGCUCCCUACGGGGUUACAGCUCUGAAGGGCGCCGCAAAGCCCUCUCGACAUGUGCCUCUCAUGUCACUGUUGUUAUCUUAUUCUUUGUACCUUGUUCAUUCCUGUACCUAAGGCCCAUGACCUCCUUCCCUGCUGACAAAGCAGUGACUGUAUUUUGUACCCUAAUCACGCCGAUGUUAAACCCUCUAAUCUACACCCUAAGAAAUGCAGAAGUGAAAAAUGCCAUGAAGAAGCUCUGGGGUCAAUUAAUGAAAAGCAGUGAUAAAUAA